UUCUUUUAGAUCUUACUGGCCGAUCCCAGGACCACCACAUAAAGAAAAAUCCUUGAAGAACAAAGCGGGUGAAGCGAGUUUGCACGGCGCCUGUACAAUGUAUGAGCUUGUAACGCGGUCUGUGGGUCUGCGGACUCUGUCAUUGCAGAUGAGAAGUCACAGGUACUACACCUCUAAUACAUCAAAGAAAGCUGUCAUUGCAGCCAAACACCCCUUUGAGGCAGAGCUUCAAGCAGCGAAACUCUAUGCUUGGUGUGCUUGUGGGCAUAGCAAAAAGCAGCCUUUCUGCGAUGGGAGCCACAGGUCUAUCCCCUCAGCUCCCACUCCACUGAGGUUCAAACUGCAAGAGGCGAAGAAGGUAUGGUUGUGUGGCUGCAAACACUCCAAGAGUCCUCCAUACUGUGAUGGCACUCACAAAGAGAGCUGGAUUCAACAGGCUGAUCUCCGAACAAGCCCUCUUUAGAAACGCCUUAUUGCCCUGUGUCACGAAAGGGUCACGCAAGCAAUUUACCCACACUGCAACAAAAAAAAAUCAUUUGCUGUAAUUCUUUUUCUUGGAAAGCAGUUAAGGGUCAGGAAUUUCUGGCUGAUGUCAGUUUAUGGGAGUCUGUGUUAAAUUUAGCAGUUAUUCGGGGUGAUCAGGGAGAAAUGUCCAAAUGAGAAAAAGGAUUGAAAGGAUUUUCAGUAAAGAAAAUAACCAAGGCAAUCAAGAUUUUUGCUGUUAUGCUUUAAUGCUUACGUCUAGUUUGGUAACCAGCUUGUAAAAAUGUUUAAAAAGCACAGAACACUGUCUCCUGCAGGUUUGAAUUCUGUCUUGCAUUGAAAGUGCAGAUGACUAGUUUACAAAUGCAUAAUGGAGCACAUUAAAAUUCUUUCAGCAAGGUUUACAGUUCAUGUGAAACACUGGAUACUGGGUCUUUGACAGAACCCCAAGCUGCAUUUUCACUUUUGAUAGUUUGCAACUUCCUCGUAACUAUUUCUGCAGGAUCUCUGCUGGUCCCCUGAGAGUCAUGCCCGCAGGAGAUGAGGAAAAUCUUCCAAUCCUGCAAAUUUUCAGAGCCGAGAAAAGAGUCGAAAUGAUUAAUUUUCUGGAGGGUAAUUAUAUUCCCUCUCACCCAGUAUAUCGUCUUCAAUUGACCCACUCAAUUUCCAAGUAAUUGUUUUGUGUAAAGAAGUAAACUGGGGACAAAAAGCCAACCUGCGAUUUACCGAUCACGCAGCCUUUGAGUCAUACAGCACGAAAACAGACCCUUCAGUCCAACUCGCCCACACCGACCAGGUAUCCUAAACUGAACUAAUUCCAUUUG